GACUGCGCCAGAUCGACUUGAGAGCGCGGUUUCGUCGGAGAGCACCUCACAUGCUACAUUCUGAUGAACUACCCAUAUCAAAUCCAGCAAGAGCAACCACCCUCCAGUGAUCAAGCGCUGGUUAGGUAAGGCUGCCAACAUCCGCGCCAAGCCCCCAAGCAGCGAUAGAUCUGUUUACCACGGUCUGACAGAAAAACUAACCAUGUUAUCCCACAGCGCUGAUUAUGAGCUCGUGGUUCGCCAGCAACCAAAUGAAGCCCUUGUAACCCUUCCGGGCAGGGAGAAAAACAGAAAACCGAUAGAUCCUCCACCGAUCAUCGAGCUGAAAGUGACAUCCAGCAAAGAUCCUGGCAAGCAGUUCUUACAGAGCCCCUACUUGUUCUUGCAAUGCACCCUUCAGGUCGAACAGACCAACUCUAGCGACAGCUCACAAGCUCAGAUCCCGGCCGGCCAAGAGCUCACCGGCCAGAGCUGUUCGUCGCUCCAUAGACUAAAAGACAUUAACAAUGAAGACGGCGGCUUCUUCGUCCUCGGAGACGUCUCGGUCAAGUUGCUGGGAAAGCACAAGCUCGUUUUCAGCCUGUUCGAGCUCCAAAAGGACAGUGGCCAAGUCGUCUACCUCAAGAGCGUCACCUCAGACUUCUUCGACGUAGUACAACACAAGCAGUGGCGUGGUCUUCAAGAGUCCUCCCAUCUAUCGAGGACCUUCUCAGACCAGGGCGUACGUCUGCGCCUACGCAAGGAGCAACGAAGUCAAGCUGGUGUCAAACGCACCCUCCAGUACUCUCCUCGAAGCAAUGUUCAAGCUGGUCCUUCAAUAUUUGGCUACGACAACGACCCGAACAAGAGGCCGCGCUCAAAUGAUCACGCUCCUCCACAAGGCUACAUCAUGUCAGAAAGAGCUCCUAUGGCCUACGAUCCUCGAGCAGGCCCGCAGAACAUGCAAUCCGCCAGCUACAACCUUCAACAACAGCAAGCUCUGCUUCAGUCACCCCAAACUUCUUUCGGCUCUCGAACACCAACUGCUCCUAGUGGUUGGCAGCACGCUCAGGCAAUGGCACCGAGUCCGGGAGCGGCAUAUGGACUGCAGCCCGCACCAGCAAUAGGACACGACCCCGGUCCACCCUAUCCGCGCCGAAGCACCGACUCAUACCUGUCUAUGGCACAUCAGCACCCGCAGACCAGCCCGACUACUCCGUACCAAGGCCCAGGCGAGUCUAUGUACAUCCCUACAAGCGGCAGCAUGCAAGGACCCUCUACCGCCUAUAGCGAACACGAUCCCGUACCCAUGGCCAGACAGCACACUCAAACUCACUCGGCCGGAAGCCCGGCUUCUAGCACGAAGUCAACUCUGAUCCCAGGAGCGACCGCUUACCCCAUGCACCCGCAGCAGAUGCCACCACAGGCCUAUGGCACUAUGACGGAUUCUCCGCAAUUUGGCUACAACCAGUACCAACAGAGAUUGUAUCAAGCUCCUCAGACGCUUUUGCAACAACCUUCAAGCAACCCGAACCAUGUUCUCGAGACUCGCCCCCAGCAACCAAGCCCAUACAUGCCCCAAUCUCACCCUGGUCUGGCCCUUCGUCCGCAGCAGCCUGGUGAACCUUAUCCUCAACCACAGCAGCAGCAAUACGAAGCAGAUCUCGGCCAUGCGUACCAGGCCUCUGGAGGAGCCACUUACCCUACCACUCAAGCGCCAGACCAGUCCCGGCCAUACUAGGAUCUGGUGAUGGGACUGGAACAGAGGCAAACCCCAGCAAGAGCGGAACAGCAAGAAGCGCGACUUGACGACAAACGAGACUCUGUUCACAGGGACAGCAAAGGCUGCAUGAGCGAAAACG